AUGGCAACCCAGGCUCUGCUGCCCAUCCUGCUUCUCUGUGUUCUGCUGCUGCAGGCUCAACGCGUCUGUAAACAAGACCAAGAUUGUCAAGCAGGUGACACGUGCUGUUUAACCUGUGGGAGAAUUUGCAUGAGCAAGCUUCUCUGA